GCACUGGGAAAAACCAUUACUUCCAGCCAAACGUUUCAGCGGGCAACAGCAGCUUCAAAGCGCUUCGAAAAGUGCAGGCUGUGCAGGGCUAAUCAUUCAUCUGAAGCAACGGCAAUUCCGCAAUUCCGGCAAUUCCGGCCUCCCCGUCCGAAAAUAGUCAAACUCAACUUGACCGGCCAACGCGAAAGCUGCAGUUUAGUGUGUCAAAAGUGUAUUUUUCCGGGUCGUCUAGCUUUUUUCCCGCAAUUAAUCAACUCCCUCGGCAGUGGAAAGUUUAUCCAGCGUGAAUUUUUGCAUCUUUGAGAAGAAAGGUCGAGUCUAAAGUUUUGCAAAAUGUUGGCCGCAACUACACUGUUCAAGAUGCUGCUGGUGACCUCGAUACUGUCGCAAGCGGUCCACUGUCAGCGGUUGCUGGGGCGGAGUCGCCGGGAAGCGACGAACACACCGUUGUCGUCCACCGAUGCGCCGGUUGAGGUAAGUGAAGCUGUCGACAAACAGUCGGCCACCGGGGAGGUGUUGAGUACGGCCGCUUCGACAAGGACACAGCGCAGCUACUACGGCGGUGGCUCGAGUGAAAGAUUGUUCGAUCUGGGCGGGCUGCUGGGAAGCCGCACCUACUACUCGGGUAAUCGGGGCUAUUACCCGUCCGGUGGGUACUACCCGCAGGGUGGUUACUACCCACAGGGCGGUUAUCUGCCGCAGGGAGGCUACUAUCCGGGAGGCGGCUAUGGCGGAUCGGGCUACUACCCGGGCACGAACACGCUGGGCGUCGGAUCGCCUGCGUACGGUGGCGGCAGCUACGGCGGUUAUGGCGGCUACGGCGGCUUCGGAGGUAAUGGUGGGCUGCAGUCGUACUACGGCUACAACAACGACAACUACUACGGCAACCGCAACCUGGGCUAUGGCUACUACAGCGGUACCUCACCGUCCGGCUACGUAGGCUCCACCCUUGUUAGCGGUUUCCGUGGCUACAACUAAGGACCGACCGGGUGACUUUGACGCACUCACUGCAGGCCACUCUACGUUUGUGACGUUUUUGUGACGUGUUGUGCUGUGUUGUCUGUCCGUUAAAUCAAUGUCUGUCCGUCUGUGUGUGUGUGGGCUUUGUACAAAUGCUGUGCUCGCUGUUUGAAAACAAAAUGGCAAACACCAAAAACGAAUCUCCAGAGUGCUACAAUUUGCCGGUCCAGUCCAAAAUCGAAUGUCCUGUUGUGCGUAGAUAAUACUAUCCGUUCACCGGUUCCGACUUGACAUGCCAAAAUCUAUAUUUAUAUUUCCUUCAUCUCAGCCAUCAGGAGCAACAGAAACGGUAUCUCACGCCCACCAGCAAAUCCCAUGCGCGUGGGUAAACGGGGGCCACUUCAUGGUACUUGCUCGAGUAAAUAAAGAUGUCGAUCAAAGAUCUAAUUUCGCGUAACAAAAAACGAUAAAAAAGCGUUAAAAGCAUUGCCACUUUCCAUUCACUGUGUCACUGUUGUCACCUCGUUUGCCGGCUAAUUUCGCGCCAUCCACUUCAUCCACUUCGUUGCUUCAAUUUUUCAUUCCCAUCAAACGAUUUUUAAAGAGAAAAUUAUGUAAGCUGCUUAGAAUUACUUCAACAAAAUGAGAAACAGAGAGUAAUAGAAGCUGCUGGAUGCCCUUUCACACCUGCCGGUUUGGUGGAAAAUUGCAUUUGACGUACAAGAAAUUGCUUUCGAUGUGAAUUUCACGUCCCAUUGUCUGUUUUUUCUUUGCACUGCUAGCAUCAGCAGCAGCAGCAGCAGCGGGAAUGCCGGUUCGACAGGUUUGCAUCUUGACUGCACAUGCAGAAUGCAAUACACACACAUCGACCGGACGCUCUCGGUCGGAACAGCUCUCUAUGCGAUGGAGACAAAAGUUCCUCAACCGUUACACUUCCUUCUUUUUCGCUGUCACUGACGCUUCGCUUUUUGGGUGUCCCAUCUUUGUUCGGCGAACAUUGGAGCGACACGCUGCACUCGAAUUUAAAUGGCGAAUUAAAUCGUUCGUUGAGUAUGUUUCUCUUUUUGUUGACUAUGUAAAAAAGCGUUUUAAAAAAAGUUGUGCUUCUGUGAAUAGUGUUUUUUGCCAAGACAUCUUUGUAAACCUUUUGUGUUGCUGGGUAGAAUACGUCUUUUUUUCUGUGCGUUGUAUUGUCUUUCUGUACGUGUGUAUGUGUGUCGUUUGCUUGUUACAAACCUGUGUCUGUUCUUCACGACGUCAUGAAACUUCUCAAGUAAUCAACUCUUUCGUUAAUGCUCUUGCCUUUUUGUUUUUAAUUCGGAUUUCCAUUUUUUC